UGUCAAUGGAAAUUGCGAAACGAGCUACAACUAGUGGGCAGAUGGCGGGAGUGAUCUCGUGUGAUAUAACUGUGUUAGAUGGUUAGAUUAGUUUAUAAAUUGUAGUGUUUAAUAAUCUAGAAUAGUUAUAAAAAUGACUAGAGCUAAAAUAGAACUGGGGGACGUGACACCGCAUAAUAUAAAGCAACUAAAAAAGUUGAAUACAGUCGUAUUUCCUGUGUCUUACAAUGACAAAUUUUACAAAGACGUAUUGGAAGCUGGCGAAUUGGCGAAAUUAGCGUAUUAUAAUGAUAUCGUAGUAGGUGCAGUGUGCUGCAGGAUAGAUACGUCGGAAAACUCCCGGAGAUUAUACAUAAUGACUUUGGGUUGCUUGUAUCCAUACAGAAGACUGGGUAUUGGUACUCUCAUGGUGGAACAUGUGCUCAAGUAUGUUGAACAGGAUGGCAAUUUUGACAGCAUUUUCUUACAUGUGCAAGUGAAUAAUGAGGGUGCAAUAGAUUUCUAUAAAAAGUUUGGCUUCGAGAUUGUCGAAACAAAAGAACAUUACUACAAGAGAAUAGAGCCGGCUGAUGCUCAUGUCUUACAGAAGACAAUAAGACAGCCUGAAGCACCGUUAGUCAAUGGAACAGUGCCACAUGCCAAAACGAAUGGACACGAUUGAGCAAAAACAUUAACCCCGUAAUGUACUCAUACAAAGCCUCAAAUUGGUUGUUAUAGUGCAACAGGCAAGUGAUACAACAUAAUGUUAAGGUAUAAGUCACUUGAAAUAGCCUAACAGGAUUAAGAUAUUCAUAGAUUGUAACUUCAUGCACACUAUGUAGGCAGGACUUUAAAGAGUUGAGCAUCGUAUGCUUCACAUUUUGCCUAAUCUGAUGAGAGACGUGGUGACAAUUUAGUUCAGUCAUUACUGGUUAUGUAUGUACCUUUAAAAGUACAUACAUAUAAAUCUUUUCAUAGCAAAAAGUUGUGUGUGUGCUUUUACUUUGUUUAUGUUUAAUCUAUAGGGAAUAAAAGAAAUGAGUUUAUUUAUGUUUGUAAGAAUAAUAUUCAUAGAUAAAGUGAGGACAAUAAAGCAAACAUUAAAACCUUAGUCUUCAGCAGUUUGUUUUUGCAAUAAAUACAAAAAUAAUUAUUCCAACUGACAAAGAAACUAUUCAGUUAUAGGAUAUAAUAUUCUAUAGCUGGCAUAGGCAUAGUGUGCAUGAAGUUGAAUGCCUUUAUAGGUCAGGUUGUGGAAGUGCGAGGCCAUAAUAAUAAUUCAAAAUGACUGAUACUAAUCUUUCAGGAAUUUCAUGUUGUACAGUUUACUUCCAUAGAAAGCACUUAAUUGGGGAAAAAAUGUUUUGUAUGAUUCCCCUAGUGUUUUGUAAUAAUUAAGUGACUACUUGUACAGAAUGUGACAUUAAGUUCUACAUUGCUGUGAAAUUGUAAAUGGACUAUCAUUAUACAUAAGAUCAAUGCUAGCUCUAGGCAUUCUUUUAGCUAUACAUUUUUGAUGGCAAACAAAAUUCUUUGUCCAUUUUUUACUGUUCUAUCUCGUAUUUAAUGAAUAGGUGUAAAAUUUUCGACUUUUUUAAAAUUAUAACAUACAUUAACAAUAAUAUAAUAUUGAUCAAGAAACACAGUGGAGAAUUGAUCUCUUGGAUUUAUAUGUGGAAUUUAAAGUGCCAACACUACAGUACUUAUUUUUUUUUAUAAAACAAGAUUGGUCAGCUAUAAUAAUUUUGCACAAACCAAGGUUUUUGAGAUUGUAGAAAGAUUGUACAUUUGCUCAUUUACUUAAAAUGAGAAAAGUUGAUAGAAUCUCCACUGUAUAGUUUCUACCUCAUAAUCGAAUAAAAUGGUCAUUGCAGUAUAAAAAAAUUAUAAGCUCUAGUAAUUAUAUAAAUUCAGCUUCAAUUAUUUUGUAUAAACAGAAUUUGCUUAUUUUUUGCACUAUGACCUGACACUAUAUCCUUUUGGUGUACAAUAAUUUUAUGACUUGUUGAUUUGUAUAAAUUUUUUGUUUUAUUGAUGAAUUUUAACACAAUUUCUAGGUGUAUCACUAUUUCUAAGUGUUUCACUCGAUACAGCUUGUUCUGCAUUUAUGAAAGUCCGCAUCUGUCUUUAUAUUCACCACAUGUAUAUCAAGUGAAAAGUUAGUUUCUGUUGGUAGUACUAAAAUACUUUAUUCAUGUACGAGAAAAUUAUUAUUGGAGUCUCCAUAGCAAUUUUGAUUCAAGUAGUACAUUUAUAUUAUUUUGUAACUGUUUUUAAUGGCAGUGUUAGUUAAUCAUCGCAAUUUCAACAUCCAAGUAUCAUGAUAAUAAGUCAAAUCGUAUUGGUCUUUAUUUAUCUUAAUACUAUUGGGAUGGUAGGCCUCCUCUAAAGAUUUACACUUCACGGUGACCGUUUGAAAGCGUACAACUAGCAGUAACUUUAAAAAACUAACAUUUCCUCUUAUAGAUGCUAAUAUCUAGUCGGGCCUUGGUAAGCCUGCACUCAGUCGGGUGCGGACAUAAAUGAACGACAAACAGGAACUUUUUCGUUACCAAAUAGUCAAAUCUCACUUCACAAUAACAUAUUCUGAACCAAUACUUGUUAAUAUCAUGUUCACUGCAACUUUAGCAUUAGUAUAAUAAUAAACAUCUUUAAAUUA